CACCUUGUGCAAACACCAUCGGGUUAGUUAGCUCUCGACCUUAGCCACGUACGAUGGAGACAAGAAAGGGCUGGAAUUACGACGAGGAAUAUCUGAACCCACAGAAGGGGUUGGUAGAUCGGGGUUGGGCAAUGUUGAGAGGCUGGGGAAAGACCGUGGCUAAACUUCCUGACAAUCGGUGCCAACGCCAUCCAACGUGGAAUGAGGCCACCACUCGGGGCAUCAAUCCGUCCUCUGCGACGACGAAUCCAACAGCAAGUGUUAUCUAUCCGCCGGAACAAUACAACACCGGCAGCUACUGCAGACACUGCCCGCACUGCCAGCAGGAGCAAGCAACAACAACUCGUCAACAGCAGCAGCGGACACCAGCAAGUGACGCUGGUUUCGUGGAUCGGGUUGUCAAUUUGGUGCACCGACGAUCAUAAGCAACGAGACAAUAAAGGCGAAGAUGGCACGGAGAGGCCGGAUAAAAUUGGGUUAAGUUAUAUCUCCACGGCCGUGUGGGCCAGAUAUUUCCCAGUUUGUCUUGGUAGUGUGUGUGUGGAGUGCGUCUAGUCCAUGGGCUAUGAAAAAGA